AUGGAGCAGCAGCCCCGGAACGGCGGCAUGUUCCCCGCAGCGCAGAGCGAGCAGAAGAAGCUGAAGGUCGGCUUCGUGGGUCUGGAGGCCGGAGGCGGAGCUCUGCUCAUAGCAGGUGCGGAGGACGGACCUCGGCGGCCGCGCAGCAGCGUCUCCGGGGGAAAGAAACCUCCGAAACGAAACGCUCUCUACAGACGACUGCAGAACUUCCUGUACAACGUCCUGGAGAGACCUCGAGGAUGGGCCUUCAUCUACCACGCCUACGUGUUCCUGCUGGUGUUCUCCUGUCUGGUUCUGUCUGUGUUCUCCACCAUCAAAGAGUACGAGAAGAGUUCAGAGGACGCUCUCUACAUCCUGGAAGUGGUGACCAUCGUGGUGUUCGGGGUGGAGUACAUGGUGAGGAUCUGGGCUGCAGGUUGUUGCUGUCGGUUCCGAGGAUGGAGAGGACGCCUCAAGUUCGCCAGGAAACCCUUUUGUGUCAUCGACGUGAUGGUGUUGAUAGCAUCCAUCUCCGUCCUGGCGGCCGGGACUCAGGGGAACGUCUUCGCCACGUCAGCAAUCCGUUCUCUACGGUUCCUUCAGAUCCUGAGGAUGAUCCGCAUGGACCGACGAGGAGGAACCUGGAAACUGCUUGGAUCAGUGGUGUACGCCCACAGCAAGGAGCUGAUCACAGCCUGGUACAUCGGCUUCCUGUGUCUCAUUCUGGCCAGUUUCCUCGUUUAUUUGGCAGAAAAAGAAGAUAACGAACAGUUUGAGACGUAUGCCGACGCCCUCUGGUGGGGACUGAUCACAUUGACAACCAUCGGUUAUGGAGAUAAGUUCCCCAUCACCUGGAAUGGACGUCUCCUGGCUGCGACCUUCACGCUGAUCGGAGUCUCUUUCUUUGCUCUGCCGGCUGGGAUCCUGGGUUCCGGGUUUGCUCUGAAGGUCCAGGAGCAGCACCGACAGAAACACUUUGAGAAGAGACGAAACCCAGCAGCCGGACUCAUCCAGGCGGCGUGGAGAGUCUACGCCACGAACCUGAGCCGAACGGAUCUGUCUUCCACCUGGGACUAUUACGAGAGGACGGUGUCUGUCCCCAUGUACAGGUGA